AUGCACCAUGUCUACACCGAACAGCGGAUCCAACAAACUAACUUCUCAGAUAUUCGGGCUCAUUAAACAGUACCUGGAGCAUUUCAACUUUUCUAGGACACUAGAAACUCUAAAGAUAGAUGUUAACAAUGCGGGACACACCUUCUCCGAACCCACCAAACACAAGGACAACUCCACCAACUCUCUCCAGGCUGAUCUUCAUCUCAACGAGCUGAUCCUCAUGUUCAGUAACGGUGAAACUGAAGAGUUCCUGACAAACUUCUCCCGUCUGGUCCCCAAAGAAGUGCAACUUCUCGAUAAAACCUGCAUCUUGUUGCUAUUCGAGCUGAACCUCUACUUCAUGACGUAUCCCCUGAGGGGGAACCCAAACAUUAACCAGUUCAGACUGCAACACCGCAAUUUUGUGCAGUAUCUGGAGGAAAUAGCUGCUCAUAAUGAGAUAAUAGUGAAUUCAGCACACGCUCGGUUCCUUUGUCUCGGCCUCGCCUCAAUCUCCCAGCACCCACUGGAUAACUUCAUGAUUAAGGAGCUGUUGAACCCUGCCUGGGGACGCAGUCUUAAAGAAAGGGUCACUGCUUUUCUCAAAACAGUCCUUCCUCAGCAAGGAGCACCACUUCUAGAGGUGCUGGUAGAGAAAACAAACAAACAAACAGACAAACACACAGACAAGAGAUUACAGCAGCUGGAAGCUAAGUGUAUCCAGUAUAAGAGCAUGUUUGCUAAGCAACAGAAAGAGUAUUAUAAUGUUUUGGCAGUUGCUACUGAGCUGGUUGAGAGUUUGGAGAACGCGAUUCUAGGGAAGGGGGUAGACCCGAGUACAAUUGAGCGAGUUUGUAUCCAACUGUUCCAACAACAAGACGUCUCAGCUUCUAUACAUCACCUUGACUUUACUCGCCCUGGUACGGCGUCCAACAUGUUGAGACAAAGCAUGGUGAUGGAGACACGGAAGCUGGAGACACGUAAACAGGAGACCCAGGAGGAACAGUUCGAGACAGUUGCUGUGUUGGAUAUGCCCAAGAUAAAGGAGGUCCUGUGUGGAGGGGAUGAUGUUGAGGCGGGGUAUCUGUUGCAGGCAGUGAGGUGGCGGAUAACCAAAUCUAGUACUGACUCUGAGAGAGAGACCUUACUGUCACAGUGUGUUAGAGAAGAUUUGUUUGGUAAAGAUGACUCUAACUAUUCUAUAAGGAUACUCGACUCUUUUAUCUCAGCUGAUGCCGAAAUGUCCCUAACAGAGAACUUCACCCGUCUAAUCCAUUGUUUCUGUGCACUGAGUGAGGGCUGUGUCUACCUCUCCGCCCACACACCUCUCAUUUCACAUCUCAUCUUAUCUCUGACGUCAUCAACACAGGAUGACGUCAUCAGACAGGUGGUGCUGGGUGCUCUCCAGACGCUGAGUUUAACCCGGGCAGUCCAAAGUCACAUGUUGAGUACACCUGACAUGAUGACAUGGCUUCUUACACUGCUAUCAGACCCUGAUGAACUGAGUGAAUACACACUACACCACACCUCAGCACUACUAAUGAACCUAUGUCUGAGGACUAGAGGUCGAAUAUUCCUCUCCGAGAACACUUCUCUCCUCUUCACUGUAGUGGAGGGGCUGAUGGAACAUGAGGCCGGUCUUGUUAGGGAGUAUGUUAACGGAGUGCUGUUCAGCGCACUGAACAUGAAAACUGUCCGAGAGAAGGCUCGAGAAGUAGGACUGGAGGAGUCUAUAAAGCUGCUGAUAGAGAUAUCACCCUCAGAGACCUCUACACAGUUACAGUACUGUUUAGAUCAGAUGUGUAACCCUGCUAGCGAGGGUGAUCCUACUGUGGGGGACAGUGAGGAUGAGGAGGAAGAGGUAGUAGAAGACAACCUAGACUCCCUAACCAUGGACCUCCAGCUACCCGAGUCCCUGGAACUACGACCUGUACAGGGAGAGGAGCUGCUCUGUUCCCGGUACUUGACAGACAUCAACUCAAGGUGCACCAACCUGCUGAGAGUCUGGUUAUUAACCCGGAGCAGAACAUGGUGGCUGGAGGAGACAGGAGACAGACGCCCCAGAAAGCGGGGGCUCAGAGGGGAGAGCCCCCUGAAGAAGCUGGACCCCGGAAGAGAACCCCUAAAUCACCUAGCCCGGUGGUAGGUCCUGAUAGUGUGCCAGGUUUAGGACCUAACAGCGUGCCAGGUUUAGGACCUAACAGUGUACCAGGUCAGGGAGAAGGAGGGGCUGCUUUGAGACAAUCUCAACUAGGCCCAGCAACCAGACCCAGUAUUAGACAGAGUGGAGAUCAGUUCAUUAGGAACCCUGAUGAGAGGCCUAUCAAACCUGCAGCUAGGACUGGGGACCCUUUUCAGUGAAGUGUAGAUUAUGAUAUACUCAUCAUUGUACAAUGGUAGUGGGUUUAGUGCCUCAGGGCAAUUAUUUACGUAGUCUCAGUAAUGCCCCAAAGUAUGUACAUACCAAAUCUUCCUGCAGUUUACAUUAACUAUAGAUAGUUUUGCUGAUGCAUUGUUUUACACGUGAAAUUAUCACAGAAUCAAUAAUAUAUUAUGUACAGAGUGUCAGAGUUAAAGGUACCAAUGUAAUGUUCAUUUUUAUUAUAUAUUAUAAUAACUUUAUAAUACGUUAGUUUGUAACAUUCCUUAUCACAAAUAUGUACAGUAUAAACCAGAGUAUUUUAACACUUUAAAUUAUGUCAGUUGGUAUCCAAAAUCAGAGUUGGCCCAGUCGCCAUAACAACUGCUAAAUUACUAUUAACUGAAUUAGUAUUUAUUAGUAGUUAUUAUUAUUAAUUAAUAUUAUUAAUAAUGUAAUAUGUUUGCUGUGAUUAGUGAUUUAUUAUAUAACAUGAUCAGUAUUUUAGGCGGGUCCUGUAUUUUAAAGUAUGUUGAAUUUAUGCUGUAUUAAAGUGUCUAUAGAUUGUUACUGC